AUGUUAGUCAGUAAAUGUAGCUCAGGUAAGGUGGAUAGCAAAUUGCCACCAGGUCCACAGAAGCUGCCUUUUAUCGGGAACAUGUUGUCAAUGUUUAGUUCCGAACUACCACAUCAUGUUCUUAGAAACCUGGCCAGAAAACUUGGUCCCCUGAUGCACCUUCAACUGGGUGAGAUUUCCGCCUUGGUUGUAUCAUCUCGUGAAAUGGCAAAAGAGAUACUCGUGAAGCAUGAUCUCUCCUUUGCAAGCAGACCUGAACUACUAGUCUCCAAGACUGUGAUGUACAACUCUCAAGAUAUCGGAUUUUCACCAUAUGGCAAUCACUGGAGGCAGAUGCGAAAAAUUUGCGCCUUAGAACUCCUCAGUGCCAAGAAAGUCCAGUCAUUCUCUUCAAUCAGGGAGGAAGAGGCUGGUGCUCUGAUGAAACUUAUUCUGUCAUCUGCAGGAUCACCUAUAAAUCUUUCCAAACAUUUUUUUACAUUGAUGAACACUGUAACGUCUAGAGCUGCAUUUGGGAGGAUCUAUAACGAGCAGGAUCUAUUGAUAGAUAUGGUACAAGAACUUGCCGUUCUAGCAGGAGGUUUUGAUAUGGCCGACUUGUUUCCUUCUUAUAAGUUUCUUCAUGUUUUUACCAGUAUGGGUUCUAGGUUAAAAACCCUCCACCGAAACCUUGACAUGACCCUUAACAGCAUACUCGACCAGCACAACAAGAGCUCAGAACAUACAGAAGGGUCUAAAACUGCCAUGGAUGAUGAAGAUUUUCUUGAUAUUCUGUUCAGACUAAAAAACAGUGGCGAUCUUGAGUUCCCUUUCACACAUGACCAUAUCAAAGCGUUGGUAUUGGAUGUUUUCUCAGCUGGAACUGAUACGGCUUCAACAAAUUUGGAAUGCUUCAUGUCAGAACUUGUAAGAAACCCUAAAGUGCUAAAAAAGGCACAAACUGAAGUGAGAGAAGUGCUGAGGGGAAAGAAAGAAGUACAUGAAGCUGAUAUUCAAGGAUUGAACUAUCUAAAGCUGGUUAUCAAGGAGUCGAUGAGAUUGCAUCCAUCACUUCCCUUGUUACUUCCUAGAGAAUGUAGGGAAAGUUGUGAAAUUGAGGGAUAUGUGAUACCAGUGAAGACAAAAGUUAUCAUUAAUGCAUGGGCACUCGCAAGGGAUCCUGAGUAUUGGCAUGAUGCUGAAAGUUUUCUACCUGAAAGAUUCGAAGACAGUAGUUAUGAUUUCAAGGGAAGCAACAUGGAGUAUCUACCUUUCGGGGCUGGAAGGAGAAUCUGUCCAGGAAUUUUGUUUGGUUUGGCUAAUGUUGAACUUGUUCUUGCAAGCUUACUCUAUCACUUUAACUGGGAGCUCCCUAAUGGGAUGAAUACUGUAGAUUUGGAUAUGAGGGAGACAUUUGGUUCAUCCAUCCGAAGAAAGAUGAGCUUGCAAUUGAUUGCGACCCUUUAUGAUCUCAACUCGUGUGACACCUAA